ACGUUUCCAUUCCAUGGAUAGAGAACAAGAACAGAUGCAAUUUCUAGGCCUCUUUGGCAUCUUCAAAGAAAGCUUCAAAGUCAUCAUUUCAUGGCGAAAAAUCUUCACCCAGAUAACCCUAACCCUUAUCCUCCCUUUAACCUUCAUCUUCUUAGCUGAUCUCGAGAUCUCCAACUUACUGUUUCGUGACAUCGUACACACCUCGUACGAAAAAAACUUCAGUCGUCCCGGCACCAAACGAUACAACAAUCUCUCCGACGCCCUCUCGUCGGAAUGGAUUACCCUUUUGCUCUUCAAAGUCGUCUACUUCACCAUCCUCCUCAUCUUAUCCCUCCUCUCCACCGCCGCCGUCGUCUACACCAUCGCCUCCAUCUACACCGGCCGCGACUUCACCUUCCGUACAGUCCUCACCAUCGUCCCAAAAGUCUGGAAACGACUUGUUGUCACUUUUCUGUGCAUGUUUGCAGCCAUCUUCGUUUACAAUUUCAUCACUGUGGUGAUCCUGGCGAUUGAUCUGGUGGCUUUUUCUAAUACCGCUUUUGGAAUCAUCUUCUUUUACGUCGUCUUGGCUGUAUACGUAAUAGGGUUUGUGUAUCUAACUGUUGUAUGGCAUCUGGCGAGCGUAGUUUCAGUUCUUGAGAGCUCGUACGGGAUUAAAGCUAUGGCGAAGAGCAAGGAUUUGAUCAAAGGAAACCGAACCGUUGCGGUUUCGAUUUUCUUUAUGUUGAACUUGUCUUUCUAUCUGAUACACUAUUUGUUUGAGCAUCUGGUUGUUCAUGGGAGGUCGUUGCAGGUAUGGAAGAGGGUAGGGUUUGGAGUGGUGAGCUUUGUGCUACUUUUGACGUUGUUUCUUUGUGGGUUGGUGAUUCAGACGGUUCUGUAUCUGGUCUGCAAAUCGUAUCACCAUGAAAACAUCGAUAAGGGAGAUCUGUCGAACCAUUUGGAGAGCUAUCUUGGUGAGUACGAGCCUUUGAGUGGAAAAGAUGUUCAGUUAGAACAAUAUCAUGUUUGAGCUCCUUAAUGUUAUUCAUACACGAUUCAUAGUUUAAUUAAUACACAAAUAUUUUUUCUUUGUGUUAAAUGUGUAUUUUGCAAGUUUUCACAUUUUGGACUUUGUAGAGGUGUUCAUUCAUACCG